CCGCGAGGGGGCGGCGGUUGGCGCCGCGGGAGGGAGGCAGGGAGGGGGGAGCCGCGCCCCCGCCUCCGGGAGCCGGGAACGGGUUGCCCUUCCCGGAGCCGGGAGGAAAUUCCUCAGUCGCUCCUCACCGCGGCUCCCGCCCUGCCCGGAGGAGGAGCCGCGGGGCCCCGCCGCGCCGCGCCGCCGCUCCCGGCCCGGCCGAGCCCGCUGGCUGCCCGGCGCCGCAGAAUCACAAAAGCACUGGGCUGGACGGGACUUCAUCUAAGCCAGCCUUUUGCUCUGAAGCAGAAACAACUUGCCUAAAAGUGUUUAUUUAGCUAUUCUCAAACUGCCUACUGAAAGGGAUUUCAUCUCCUCCUGAGGUCUUGUGCAGGAAAAGGUGGAUGAAUGAUGAAUCACUUCGUGUUUCUGGCAGUACUGUUCCUCCUGAGGACUGCAUACUCUCAUCAAGAAUCCCUUCUGUUUCCAGUAAUGUACCUUAACGUUUCCAAAGAUUUGCCUCUUCAGCGUCUGCUGGUGGAAUGGGAUGUUGGCAAGUCAGCGCAUGAUGCUGAGCUGUCAAUGUCUUUUGAAAUACAAGUCAGUCGAACAGAAGAAAAUACUAUUGUGUGGACAGAGUUUCAUAACGUCACACUUGACAAAUCAAGAAAGCCUCUUCAUUGGAAGUGGGAUUCAGACUUACCUUUGGAGUGUAUGUCACACUCGGUGAGGAUCAGGAGUAAAGCAGAAGCAUCAAAAAUCUGGAGUCAGUGGAGUCUAUGGGAGACCGUCCUGGGUUUGGACACUUCAAAUAACAGUGGACCACAAAUCUUUCCAGAUGAAAAAGUUGUAGAGGAAGGCUUUGACAUCACUCUUUGCUGCAUUGGAAGGAAAGGUCAAAUCAUUAAGGAAUUCUUUUCAUUGCCAGCUGUUCAUAAUUUCAAUCGCACAGACACUCAAAUAGGACUGCUCACUGUGAAAAAUGUGGCACAUCAAGAAGGGCAUCACAUCACAGUGUACUGUCGAGAGUCUUGCAAAGAAGACGAAUGCUACAGUCGUGCAGUUUUCUUUGUGGGUAAACCACCUGAUAUACCUAACGAUUUUUCCUGCCAAACUCAAGACAUGAAAACGAUAAUAUGUACUUGGAGCCGAGGAGGAGACACCUAUCUCUAUGGACGUCAUUCAACAAAAUACACUUUGUUUGAAGAGUUUUCCCAAAGCUUGGUUCCGUGCACAGUAAGUUGUUCUGAGCAGUGCUCUUGUUCUUGGGAUAUAAACCAACAGAGGGUCUAUAAUAUCACACUGACUGCUGAAAACCCCCUGGGAAAGAAAACUGCCACAGAUGUUUUUGAUGCAACUCACAGAAUUUAUCCCUUUGCGCCUUUCCAGCUGUGGGAAGAAUGUACGGAUACAGAAAUCGCAUUGUAUUGGAAACAUCGAAACAAAGGAAUUGAACUCUUUUGUCAGACAGAGGUGCUCCACCCUGAUGGGAAAGCAGAACUGCACAAUAGUUCAGGCACAGAACUCCAAUAUUCCAGCAUCGCCCUGGGUGGACUGCAGCCAUACACCGAAUAUACAGUUAGAGUACGCUGUGGGGCAGCUAAGCACUUCUGGAGGUGGAGCGAAUGGAGCGAAGCCCGAACCAUCAGAACAGAGGAAGCAACUCCGUCAGGGAAACUGGACAUCUGGAGAGAAAUUACACCAGUUUUGGGUGGGCGGAAUGUGACCUUAUUCUGGAAGCUACCACCAAGUUUUCGAGCAAAUGGAAGAAGUAUUUCAUAUGAAAUAACCUGGGAAACAGUAGAAGAAGAGUCUAAGCCUGAACGCAUCUCCAUUUCAUCAGUCUAUAAUAGCACAAGGAUUUCCAUUGAUAAUCAUCCUUACAAAAUCAGUGUUGUGGCAAAGAACAAUGUUAAUUAUUCACUUCCUUCAGUAAUGAUCAUCCCUGGAGCUACAGGCACUGAAAAAGAACUCGGCGUUUCAAAUCUUAAAGAAGACCAGGUUAAUGGUACAGAUGAUGGCAUUUUUAUUUCCUGGGAACCCAGAAAUACGUAUGACAGUUACAUUAUCGAUUGGUGUAACUUUCCAGAGUUGCAGCCCUGUGAUCUUCAGUGGAAGAGAUUUGGGCCCCACACUUCCAGUGCACUGAUCAGCUCAGCUUCGUUUGUGCCGGGGGUGAGAUACAACUUCCACAUCUAUGGAUCUGUUGCUAAUACAGUCUUCUUAUUGGAGAAGAAGACUGGUUAUCUCAAGGAACUCCCCCUUCCAUUUGACCCGUCUGUGGAAAUAGUUCAUCUGACUUUCCAUGCAGUAACACUGUCUUGGGAUUCUUAUCACACAAAUGCAUCACAGCCUAGCUUUGUAGGAGGUUACCAUGUCUAUGUGUCUCCUGUGCAAGAGGACUGCAAUUUGAAGGAAUCCAAAAAGCAUGUUCUUCCAGAUGGUUCAGUGCUAUGUAAAUACACAAUUGAAAACCCAGAAGAGAAGAGGUACACUGUGAAACACCUAAUGCCAAAUACAAAAUACAAACUAGUGGUUAAAGCAUAUACAGGUGGAGGAGAGACUCCUAUUGUCAACUUUAUUUACAUAGAAACGCCAUUUAAUUCAAACAUGCUGUACCUUCUAGUCCUGCUUGUGAUAGUUCCUUUGGUAGUAGCAGCUCUAUGCCAAUGGAAGAUGAAGUGGGUGAAGGAGUGCUGCUGUCCUGUAAUACCUAGUCCUAACAGGAGCAAAGUGCUUUCAUUUAAAGAUCUUACGAUUGGUUCUGAGAAAGUAUUGAAAAUAAAUGACUGCAUGCCUGAUGCUCUAGCAGUGGAUAAUAAGCCUGAAGCCCAGAAAUUACAUCUGUGGAGACAAAUGUCUUCUACUCCAACAGAAGAAAAGAUUGAUGUUCACAAUUCUUCCUGGACUUACCCUAAUCAAAAUGAAGAACGAGACUUUACAUCCACACCAAAACCUAUGACUCAUACUUGGUUUGAAAACUUUGCAUAUUCAUCUCACAUUGCAGUUGAAACUGACCCCUAUCAAAACCCAGAGAUGCUGGAAACCAGCAAGCCACAGCUGUCAGCAGCAUUGUACCAGCCACAGUAUUACUUUGAUAUUUUGAAUGAAGGUACUGGCUCAUCACCCAGAGAAACAGCUGGCAGAAAGACCAGUCUGAGAUAUGUUUCACAAACAGAUGUGCACUGUUCAUGGAGGAGGCUUUGAUGUACUCUGUACCACUGAGUCCAUGUAGUGUUUGGGUUACAAAAUACAAAUAAGAGUUUCUGAAUCCA